AUGGAUGAAAAACAAUAUUAUACAUUAUUACAUGGUAGCGGUCAAUUACAUCCAGGUACAAAUUUAUUGUAUAUUCCUAAAACAGGAAAAAGUAUUGAAGAACGUUCACAAAAUCGUAUUUGUGCACCGCCACAAUUAAAUCCAGAUUAUUUACCCAGUAAGAGUGUACGACGACCUGGAAAAUUACCUGAAACACGUGGUGGACCACAAAUUGAUCCAAGUAUUUUACGACAUAUUUUUGGGAAAUAAAUAGACAUGCAUGUAUAAAUAAUGUAUUACUUCUAAUUUGACUAACAUUGUGUAAAGACAUCAUGGGAAAGAAAAGACAACGCGGUGGGAAUUUUAAAGGCUCAAAACAUCAACGUGGAAAAAAACAAAAAGGUGGUGGGGCAGGAUUAGCCCUAGCUGCGGGUUUAGCAAUACCUGCUAUUUUAGGUGCUGCAACAAAAAUAUUACCCGGUGUUUUUGGUAAAAAAGCAAAAAAUCAAACCGUCAAUAAUUAUGGUGGUAGCGGACAACGACAACCAUCACAACAACAACAUUAUUAUCGACCACCACCACCACCACCACCAGAAUAUUAUACAGAACCUCGACGACAAUAUUACCGACCAAGACAAAGAGGUGGACGUGUAUUUCCAAAGAGACGAACAAAAAAAUGGUAUAGAUAG